AUUCUAAAAUAUGGAUAGUAUAAAAAACCUUAAAUUAAGCCAAAUUAAGGCCAAUAUUCAGCAUGUCAUAGCGAAUUUGGAACGACUGGAGCAACUUGGACGACUUCCUGGACAGGAACUCGACGUGGGACAGGCGGAGGAACUGCAGCGGACUACGACUACCCUACUGGAUGAACUUGACCAAGUGAAUGCCCAAAGAGUAGCCGACAUACAAAAACAAAGAAAACGCUGGCGACGCUUAGUUAAAGAGAAAAAAAAGCGGUUCAAGAGGGAAACCAUUAAAACCGAGAUUAAAGAACAAAAGUAUUCUGUAGAACCGCCACGAAAUCCCCUAGAGAAACAGGCGGAGCACAUAUCCCUGCGUAAAAAACACGAUGCCGCCUCCAUUUUGGAAACCUUUGAUCUUCUGGAGAAACUAUGCGAAUCUCGGGGAGGAGACAAGGCCGCCCUGAGGCAAAAACUCAGCCAAAUGCGUCGUGUGUGGCGGAGAGUUCAAGAGGAGAACCAAGGCGACCAUGUCAGGGAGUCCCAGAAGGCUGCCUCCAUAGAAUCCCAAUGGCAGGCGGUUUUCUUUGGCAACUCUGAACCUUUGGUAAAGGAGAACAAGGAAAAGUUCCUGGAGAUUCGCUCCACUUGGGACUCUUACAUAAGUUUUGCGGGCAGAGGUUCCUGUAUUCCCCGGGGAUGGGUGCUACCACCAAUGAAACCCACAGCUCAGUGGGCAGCCUACAGAAUUACAGAAUAAAUAUAUACAACACCCAACUAUCUUUACUAA